AGGAGGCAUGGCGGCAGAAAACACGAUGUCUAAUGGACAAGAAACGUCUUCGUUGAACGGAGAGCCGGCGGUGAAGAAAUCCCGGGACGGUGAAAAUGAAAGCUGGAGGGUUUCCAGAGAACCUCAGAAUAAAGUGACGGUGGUGCUUGGAGCUCAGUGGGGAGAUGAGGGCAAAGGGAAAGUGGUCGACGUGCUGGCUAUGGACGCCGACAUUGUGUGCAGAUGUCAGGGAGGAAAUAACGCAGGACACACAGUGGUUGUGGACAAUGUGGAGUAUGAUUUCCAUCUUCUACCCAGUGGGGUCCUGAAUAAGAAGGCCGUCUCAUUUAUCGGAAAUGGAGUUGUUAUUCAUCUGCCUGGGUUAUUUGAGGAAGCUGAGAAGAACUCGCAAAAAGGCCCAGGGCUGCAGGGUUGGGAAGAGAGACUGAAGAUUUCGGAUCGUGCACAUAUCGUGUUUAAUUUCCACCAGGCUGUUGAUGGGUUACAAGAGCAACAAAGACAACAGCAGGCUGGAAAAAAUUUGGGAACCACCAAAAAGGGCAUUGGCCCUGCUUAUUCCUCCAAGGCAGCACGUAAUGGACUGAGAGUGUGUGAUUUGAUGUCUGACUUCUCAGUUUUUGAGGAAAAAUUCCGUGUGCUGGCUGGUCAUUUUCAGACCAUGUACCCCAACUUUAACAUUGGCGUAGAUGCUGAGCUAGAACAGCUGAAGGGCUUUGCUGAAAGGUUGCGUCCUCUGGUGACUGAUGGUGUUUACUUUAUGCACAAAGCCCUUACUGGACCAAGCAAGAAGAUUCUGGUGGAAGGAGCCAACGCAGCUCUUCUGGAUAUUGAUUUUGGAACUUAUCCUUUUGUGACCUCAUCAAAUUGCACAGUUGGAGGUGUAUGCACAGGCCUUGGGGUUCCCCCGUCACAUAUUGGGCGUGUGUAUGGUGUGGUAAAGGCUUACACCACUCGAGUUGGUGUCGGAGCAUUCCCUACAGAGCAGGACAAUGACAUUGGUAACUUGCUGCAGUCAAGAGGAAGAGAGUUUGGAGUUACUACAGGCCGACGGCGCCGCUGUGGGUGGCUGGACCUGGUUUUAGUUCGUUAUGCCCACAUGGUUAAUGGUUUCUCAGCAAUUGCUCUGACCAAGCUGGACAUUCUUGAUACCAUCCCAGAGAUAAAAGUGGGUGUGGCCUACACUGUUGAUGGCAAGCCUUUGCACAGUUUUCCUGCUAACAUGGACCUUCUGUCAAAUGUGGUGGUGACCUAUGAGACAUUACCUGGGUGGUGCUGCAGCACAGAGGGGGUGCGCAAUUUUGAUGAACUGCCAUCUCAGGCUCAAGCCUACAUCCGCUUCAUUGAGAACUUCCUGCAGGUGCCUGUUAAAUGGGUCGGAGUUGGCAAAUCCAGGGAAAGCAUGAUCAAGCUGUUCUAAGCUGAAUGUGACUAUACCAAAAAUCCAGCCCAUACAACAGUCUUCCAGGAUCAUUGUAACAUUUUUGUGGGACCAGAAUUCAACGUAAUGCUUUACAGAAGACAAACUGCGUGUAGAACCUAGAAAUACAUCACUUGAAAAUAAUCACCAGCAUAAGUAUAGUACAAGACCAUAGUCAACAACAAGGGAUCACACACAACUGCAGUUAAAUGUUUUAUUUAGGGAACGGCUCGGGUCAUAUGUAUGACGCCAGAGAUUUAAUAUAUAUAUAUAUUGUUGGGGACUAGCAUUCUUUAUAAGGUGCUUAAUGCGUAUUGGUUUUGAUGUGCUUCAGCAACAUUUACAUAAAGCUCAUUUUGAAUGAU